CGCCACGUGACCCCACAGCACUGUCCCAAGCCGAAGCUCGGCACUAUUGUGCACUGCACUCUUGUGCGACAGUCCGCCAUGUGCGCUGCUCCGCUCGCGGCCGCCGCCCUCGCCGCAGCGGCCCCGCGCUCUGUGUAUUCCUUCUCUGCACGCCCGUUGGCCGGCGGGGAGCCCAUGAGCCUGGGUUCCCUGCGGGGCAAGGUGCUGCUCAUCGAGAAUGUGGCGUCGCUCUGAGGCACAACGGUCCGGGACUACACCCAGAUGAACGAGCUGCAGCGGCGCCUCGGGCCCCGGGGCCUGGUCGUGCUCGGCUUCCCAUGCAACCAGUUCGGGCAUCAGGAGAACGCUAAAAACGAAGAGAUCCUGAAUUCCCUUAAGUACGUCCGACCUGGCGGCGGGUUCGAGCCCAACUUCACGCUUUUUGAGAAGUGCGAGGUAAAUGGCGCGCAGGCGCACCCCCUCUUCGCCUUCCUGCGCCAAGCUCUGCCUGCCCCCAGUGACGACGCCACUGCGCUCAUGACCGACCCGAAGUUCAUCACCUGGUCUCCAGUGUGUCGCAACGACGUCGCCUGGAACUUUGAGAAGUUCCUGGUGGGCCCAGAUGGUGUGCCUGUGCGCAGGUACAGCCGCCGCUUUCCAACCAUCGACAUUGAGCCUGACAUCGAAGCCCUGCUGUCCCAGGGGCCCAGCUGUGCCUAGGGCAACCUUCCUAUCCCUGCUGCUUGGCAGCCUGCCCUCUGGGGAUUUCAUCCAUGACGGCCUUUCCUCGAAAUUUGCAUAGAGGAACGCCUGAUUUCCAGAAGAAUCCCCUGAGAUGGGCGCUUAUUCAUCCCAGCACUCCCUCCCCAAACCAAGGCUUUUCACUAAUAAAGUGUUAGAUAUGAGCAGAA